AAUAUGCAAAAUAAGAGACUCAACAGUGGUGGAAGAGGACUUUAGCCCCGGAUUUAUAUAUCUUUGAGUCCUAGGCCGAGUAGUUUGCAUGUUCAAGUGCCACUUAGUAACCCAACUUAUGCGUGUCAGCACUACUUCAAUAUUACUGAGCAAGCUCCUCGCUACGAUAUAUGCCUUAGCUAUUAGAUUCUCUCUUCUCAAGCUUCGUGACUAUACGUUGAGCAACGUUGCCCCCCCCUUUAAUAUGCAUCAUGAUAUUCUACUUACUGGAUACCAAUGGGGGCUAUGCAGGCCUCUAUUGGCUUCGACCCUUGCAAAGACUGCAUGUUGGUUCGCCCUGCUAAUGAGGACGAGGCUAGUGAUACUACUGUAUCCUUCACUUUUCCUGCUACGCCCCCAAAUUUAGACCCCAAUCCGUAGUAUAGCUUCCGAUAGGGCUACUCAACAAUUUACUCUGCUUAUUAUUUUUGCUCAUCACAUAUAAUCCAAGCCACCUGACACGGAUAUACGAGGUAUUGAUGGGCAAGUUAGGCUAUUGCGCGCCGGAAAUGGUACAAGACUGUCGUCCCAUUAAUGUAAUCUCCACGAGUCCUGCAUGGAGGCUUAGGUAGAUCGCACGAUCAAUUGACAUG